UAGAGAGUAGAGAGUGCCUUCACAUUCCUCCAUUCCUCCUAAUUUAAGUAAAAGGAAAGAUCCAUGGAUCAUUCUAGAUUCAGGCGCUGCUCUCGUUGCUGUUGCUGCUCGUUUAUGCUUAUGAUUUUAAUUACUGGAUUGGCAAUGAAUGUUGUUGAAUCAAUUGGGAUUAACUACGGUCAAAUAGCAAACAACCUACCAUCUCCGGAUGAAGUAGUGUCGCUGGUGAAAUCAAUAGGUGCAACGAAAGUGAAGCUGUACGAUGCGGAUCCACGAGUGCUAUCAGCAUUCGCAAACACAGGAGUGGAAUUCAUGGUUGGCCUCGGCAACGAGUACUUAUCCAAGAUCAAAGACCCAAACAAGGCCCAAUCAUGGAUCAAAUCCAAUCUCCAACCUUACCUCCCACACACUAACAUCACUUCCAUCUUCGUCGGCAACGAGAUUCUCACCUUCAACGACACCUCUCUAACCGCCAACCUCCUCCCUGCUAUGCAGAGCGUUCACACCGCACUCGUCAACCUCAACCUCGACAGACAAAUAACCGUCACAACAACUCACUCCCUCGCCGUUCUCCAAACCUCUUACCCUCCCUCUUCUGGAUCCUUCCGUCCGGACCUCGCUCCGUGCCUCGCUCCGAUCCUCAGCUUCCAAGCCAAAACGGGAUCUCCUUUCCUCAUAAACGCGUACCCUUACUUCGCUUACAAGUCCAAUCCGAAGCAGAUUUCGCUCGACUAUGCUCUCUUCCAACCAAACCAGGGUAUGGUGGACCCUGCCACUAAUCUUCACUACGAUAACAUGCUAUUCGCACAGAUCGAUGCUGUCUACUCUGCACUCGCUUCCAUGGGAUACUCCAAGUUACCGGUUCAUAUAUCCGAAACCGGUUGGCCCUCGAAGGGGGAUCAAGACGAAACCGGUGCGAGCCUUGAGAAUGCUAAGAAGUAUAAUGGGAAUUUGAUAAAGAUGAUGAGCAGCACAGCCACAACCACAACAACAACCACAACAACAGGGAAAGAGGAGAAAGGAACCCCAAUGAGGCCCAAUAAUGAUUUGAACAUUUACGUUUUUGCUCUGUUUAAUGAGAAUAUGAAACCCGGCCCAACUUCCGAGCGUAACUAUGGCCUCUUUAAGCCCGAUUGCACCCCUGCUUACCCCCUUUCACUUUCUUCUUCUUCUUCCUCUUCUCCUCCGUCAGGCGACGCCGUUAACAACAACAACAACACCAACUCUGGCACGCCGUCACUGACGCCUGCAUCUUCCUCCGGUUAUUUGUCCAUUUCCUCAGCUACCUCUUUGGAGAGAUACCGUUUACUUGGGGGGGCUUCUUUAUCCUUUCUGCUGCCGUUGCUGAUGGAGCUGAUGACUAUGAAGUUUUGAGGAUUUUUCAGUGCAGAAUCCAAACAAGACCCCAUGGCAUGGCAAUACAGAGAAGAGUAAAGGCAUAAUGAGAAAUGAGUAAAGGUAAAUAAAAUCCCACAACACAAGCCAAGUUAUUAUUUAUUUUAUUUUUCACUUUGCUUGACCUUUACGAUUGGAAUUAUCAUCGCCCUCGUCACAAAGAGCAUAUGAAACGUCACCAUUGUCUCCAUUCAAAAUUUAAUAAUUGGAUACAAAAAUGAUCGUUUAGAUUGGAUUAAUAUUAAAUUGCAGCGUAGGUUUCAAAUAUUAAUAACACCAUUGGAAAGAAAAAGUUGAGACAUCUGAAAAAGGUAUUCAUUAGGAA